UUUGGAACACUCGCGAAAGGAUGGGGCGCGAAGGCAUGGACGUGCGUCGGUCUUACGUGCUUCAGCUUUUGGAGUCUCUGUGGCGGGACAAAGAUGCCGACUUGAGUCAGAUCACCGAGGAUAAGGCCCUCGCGUCCUUCUUGGACGACACAGCCUGCACCCUCCUGCAAGUCCGACUUGGCGCCGAUAAAAAGAUAUCGCUGUUCACGACUGUGCAAUGGGACGACAGCAACAACGCAGCGGAGGGUACAUCAUCCCAAGCCGUGUUGCUCGUGAAGACGCUGCCACAGCCUUUGACGGCAGACAACUUGUCGACCAACAUCCAAGUGUCGUCCAUGACAAACUCCCCGCUGUAUAGUUUGUUCCAGUCCGUGCAUAACAUCUACGCGCCUCUUUUGCUCAACGGGGGCAGCGCCAGCCUAUCCCAAAAGCUCAAGGACGUUCUCCUGGAACUCGACGCUGGCCUCCAGACCACCGUGCGCGAAAAGGGCACCAACGACAAAGGUGGCGACGUCAACUUGUUUGGCAUCGUGACCGUGCAAGACGAAGUGCAGUUUUGGGAAAAUAAUAUGACUGGCCGCGACAGGGAGCGCGCUUCCAAGUUCAGCAGUUCUCUAGACGCGAUUCAGUCGAGAUAUGGCACUCUGGACGCGUUGACGUUCGACGACAUGUCGGAGCUGCUAGACGACACCAACAACACGGUGGACGACAUUUGGCGCGCCGACUUAGACGGUGCGGCACAGUACCCGCAAAAGCGCAUGGUGCAUUUUUUCGGCCUGAUCGACCACGCUCUCAACAGCUUUAUCGUGCUCAAAGCAGGCACGUUGAACGUAUGGAAAGGCGCGUUUCAUGCGGUGCAAGUAACACUGACGCAGUCGAUUGCGCUGUGCGAAAAGUGGAUUGGGUACAUGGAGCAAUUGACCGGAACGUUUUGGCCGUCGUACGCCGAGCAUCCGUGGGAUGGCCACGCCCACGACGACGCACUGCUACCACCGCUGAUGAAGCGCUUGGAAGAAGUGCUUCGGCUGCGCACAACCUUCGAAGAGCUCGUGUCGCUGUGCACGGACAAGGCGCUGACGGCAUCCUGCUUUGACGUGUUCGACCGCGUGCAACCGCUGCAGUACAAUCCGUACACGGCGAACGCGUGGCAACGCACCGUGGACGAGUUUGAGGCGCUCUUGGCCCCGAUUGAAGCCCAGGCAGGGGCGAACCUCCGCGAGCGGAUGGCCACCGUGAUCAGCAAACCCACAACGGCGUUGCGGUACUUGCAGCAGUACCGCGCGUUGUUGAAACGACCGGCAAUCAGUCGGGUGCUGUCGGGUGAACGGGAUACCCUCCUUGCCCAAAUUAUGGCGCAGAUCGACCAACUGGGCAGCGAUUUCGAGAACCGCGCCAACGAAGAUGCGCCAUGCGGGAAGAAUCUGUCGGCCAAAGUCAACUACAUUGUGUGGGGCACGAUGCUGACCAACCGCAUCACGACCAUCCUGAGUUUGGCCACGACGGUACUGGACGACUUGCCUGGCUUUGGCGGGUUGAAAAAAGCCGGCGACCAAGUGCUCCAGAAGAUCCACGGCACGAUCACCGAACACAUUCGGUCGUGGCAAGAAGACGUGGAAGAAAACCUGAGCACGAGCGAGUCAUCGCUCAAGCUCAGCGGUCGGCUUAUGGAGAUCGACAAGGCCGGGAUCUUGACGGUAAACUACAGCGAGUUUCUCGUCACGUUGCUGCGGGACGUGCGUCAACUCACGGAACUAAACGCCACGGACCCCGGCAGCAAGCAGCGUGCGCCAUGGGUGCCGCCGCGGGUCCUCCAAGUGGCACUCGAAGCGGAAAAGUACUACCGGUACGGCGUCACGCUGAAGAAGGUGGCCAACUUUUACAACAACAUGGAGAGCCAAAUCAUCGACGAGCAGAAACCCAUGCUAUUGGACGCGUUGGUCGCGUUCGAAGACAUUGUGCGCCGCCCGGGCGUCAAGUCCGCCGCGGCUUCUGCAAAAACCACCACGUCCAAGCAGAAACCAGUAGACGUGACGUGGAACAACUUGGAAGAAUGCGAAGAGUACGUCCGCCAACUCCAGCAGGCGGCGGACGCGCUGUCAGUGGAGAACCGCAAGCUGCGCCGCGCGCAUGACAAGGUGAGCGAAGAGUUAGUCGUGCUCAUGGACGUCGACUUGCUGCGGUACCCGGAAAAGUGGAAGGACAAGUUCGACACGAUCAAGGCGUUUGUGACGACGACCGUCAAGAAGUAUGACCCCAGUUUGACCAAAAAGUGGCUCCUCUUUUGGGACUACCAGCUGUACAAGGUGCUCGAAGCAGGGUACCAGAUCGGCCUCGAGAGUUUGAACGAAAACCUGCCGGAAAUCAAAGUCGAGCUGGUGUUUCCCCAGCGCGGGGCGUUGGCGUUCAAGCCCCCCAUCGAAGACCUGCGGGCGAACUACUACAAGGCGAUGAAGAAGUUUAUCGGGCGCCCCGCCAUGUUUAAGGGCUUUGCCAACCCCCACGUCUUUGCCAGCAUGUGCGACAUGAACGCAGCCAACAUCGUCCAAGUGUACAAGAACGGCGAGCACUUGUUUGCAAAAUUGGAGCACGUGACCAAGGACUACGACCAGUGGACGUACUUGACGCACGCAUCCGACUUGGACGCGAUGCUCGAGAGUAUGCUCGGCGACGUCAACGACUGGGACGUCAACUUGAAAGCGCUCAAGGCGAAGCGCAAAGACAGCGACAAAAUUCCCGACUUUGUCAAGGUGGACUGCAUCAGCGUGUCGCUCGUGCCGUUCAAGUCGAGCUUGGACGAGUACUUGAGCCGGCUCCAGGACAGUCUGCUGCUCAGCCUUCGAAAGAGUCUAACUAGUCAUUUGAAGCUUGUGGAAGACUUUCUUGACUCGUCCAUGGACAAACUCAACAAGCGCCCCCACAGUAUUGAAGAGAUCGGUCAGGCGAAAACCGAAUGGAAGGCCAUCGAUGGCCACAAACCGUCGUUUCAGGCGCUGGUCCAGAAAGCCGAGAAGAAGAAGACGCUGCUGUUGAGCUCGGCCGGCGGCAGCAUCGACACGAGCGACGUCGUCUUUCGACUGUCGCAACUCCCUUCCAAGUGGGAGAACUUUGAGAUCGCUCUGGAAGCGUUCAACGACAUGAUCGAAGAGCAGCGUGAGAGCUUGAAGGGCGAGAUCGAAGCCAAGAUCAUAGAGUGCAACCAAGAAAUUGAAAAGUUUUCGCAGCGGUGGAACACACUCAAACCGGUGGACGUGACGACGUGGGAAGACGACGCGGUCAAGAAGAUCUACGACGCCAUGGUUGAAUGGCGCGAACAGUUUAACGAGAUCGUGCACAGGUCGACAACGUUGGUCGACAACUGCACGACUUUUCAAAUGACGUUGCCGCAGUUCGACGGCGUUCCGGCCCUCGAAAGUGAUAUUGCCCGCGUGGAAUUGAACUGGUCCAUGUACAAGGAAUACAAUGCCGAAGUGGAAGUGAUCGCCCAGCAAGACUGGAUCACGUUUCGUGAAAAGAUUUUUGACUUGGCGGACGUUGCGACCAAGUGGAGCGACAAGCUCAAACCCCUCGAUCACACGGGGGUGGUGGACCGCAUCUUGGACCACUGCGGCCACAUCAAGCGCGCUAUGCCAACGCUGAAAAUGUGUCGGGGCGACCCUUUCAAGGAGGAGCACUGGACGCAGCUCUUCCACAAACUCGGGGUGGCCAAGGGCGUGUCGCUGGUGCAACUGACGGUGGGCCACUUCCUUCAAUGUUUGGACGUACUGGAAGCCCAGGCGACUUUGCAGUUCGUUAAAGUACUGCACGCCCGCGCUCAGGGCGAAGUGACCAUCCGCGACGCCUUGCAAGAGCUCCGGGCGUGGACUCAAACGGCCGAGUUGGCCUUGCUGCUCCACGAACAAGACGGGAAAACGUGCUGCAUCAUCAAGGACUGGAAAGACAUUACGCUCCAAUUGGGCGACAACCAAUCGCUGCUGGCGUCGCUCAAGGAGUCGCAGUUCUUCAAGCCGUUUGCCGACCAAGCGAGCCAGUACGAGACCAAAAUGGCGUUGUUGGACCAGUGUCUGGUUCAGUUGAACCUGAUCCAGCGAAAGUGGGUCUACUUGGAGCCGAUCUUUGGCAAGGGCGCGCUACCGUCAGAAGCCUCACGGUUCAAGCGCGUGGACGACGAGUUCCGCGACAUCAUGCGGUCCGUCGAGACCGACCCGAAGCUGUUCAACUUGGCGGACGAGAUGCUCUUUCCUCAGCUACAGGACCGCCUCACGACGAUGGUGGACCAGCUGGAGCGGUGUCAGAAGGCGCUGGCCGACUUUUUGGAAGAGAAGCGGUCGCGGUUCCCUCGGUUUUACUUCAUCGGGGACGAGGACUUGCUGGAGAUUCUGGGCCAGUCCCAGAACCCUGCGGUGAUCCAAACGCACUUGAAGAAACUGUACCAAGGCAUCCAUCGCGUAGAAUUCAGCGAGAAGAAGGACCAAAUCGUGGCCAUGUGCAGCUCUGCGCAAGAAAAAGUCGUGCUCAACUCGCCCGUGACGAUCACAAGUGCUGUGGAGGAGUGGCUGGAGGCACUCACGGGUGAAAUGCGCAAGACGCUCAAGCUGCUGGUUGUCAAAGCCGCGGGGACGGCCAGCCCAGACUACGCCGAGUAUCCGUCGCAAGUGCUUUGUUUAGCUGAACAAAUCCGAUUCAAUGUGCAGUGCGAAGCCGCGAUUAAGAACGGCACUGUAUCCGACUUGAAAGCCAUGCUGCAGGACACCCUUCGAGAGCUCACGUCGCUCGAUCUAAGCCAAGAACCAUUGAUGCAUCUCAAAGUGAAGGCGCUGGUGCUGGACCUUGUCCACCACAUCGACGUGUGCGACCAGUUGGUCAAUACGCGAACGCUCACGGACUGGCUGUGGCAGAAACAACUGCGUUUUUACUUGGACAAACACAACCAGUGCGUGAUCAAGAUGAACGACGCCGUGUUCGCCUACACAUACGAGUACCAAGGCAACGCACCAAAGCUGGUGCACACGCCACUAACGGACAAGUGUUACUUGACGCUAACGCAGGGGAUGCAUAUGGGGUUUGGGGGGAAUCCGUAUGGUCCGGCUGGGACGGGCAAGACGGAAAGCGUCAAGGCGUUGGGGGGGCAAUUUGGACGCCAAGUGCUUGUGUUCAACUGCGACGAAGGCAUCGACUUUCAAAGUAUGGGUCGCAUCUUCAUUGGGUUGGUCAAAUGCGGGGCAUGGGGAUGCUUUGAUGAGUUCAAUCGGCUCAAGGAAGAUCAACUGUCUGCCAUUUCCCAGCAAAUUCAGCUCAUCCAAGACGCCAUCAAGAACCACGUGACGUCUAUCACGUUGCUCAACCGUCACGUGGACGUCGACUUCAACGCGGGUAUCUUCGUGACGUUGAACCCUGCUGGCAAGGGCUACGGAGGCCGGUCCAAGCUACCAGACAACUUGAAGGCGCUCUUUCGUCCGGUGGCCAUGGGUCGGCCAGACAACAACUUGAUCGCUGAAGUCGUGCUGUCGUCGGAAGGAUUCGGAGAAGCCAAAGACAUUGCGUCCAAAGUCGUGUCGCUGUACACGCUCAGCGGCCAACUGCUCACUCCCCAGCAACACUACGACUGGGGGCUUCGCGCGCUCAAGGCGGUGCUGAGUACCGCUGGUAAGUUGCUACAACUGGCCAAGAAACAAGUGUCCGGCCGGAUGACCAGCGCGCAGGAGACGGAAAUCCUCAUCAAAGCCGUGCGCAUCAACACGUUGUCCAAGCUAACGUUUGGCGACUCGCAGCGCUUUCUCGCGCUGAUUGGCGACGUGUUCCCUGGCAUCGCGUCGGCUGACAUUUCCGGCGGCGACUUGGAGGCGGCAAUCCGCGACGUCAUGGAGAAGAAGCCGUUCAGCUGCCAAGUGGACGACUUGCAGAUUCGAAAGAUGCUGCAACUCAAGGAGAGUUUAGACCAGCGCAUGGGGUGUGUUGUUGUCGGGCCGUCCGGAAGCGGCAAGAGCACCGUGUGGCAGGUCCUCCAGACGGCGAUGGUCCAGUGCGGCCAGCUGGUCAAGACGCACGUGAUGAACCCCAAGUCGAUGCCCCGCGAACGCCUGUUGGGGCAUAUGGACCUGGACACGCGCGAGUGGCACGACGGCGUGCUCACGGACGCGGCGCGCAAGGUCGUCAAGGAGCCGGAAACCACCCGAUCGUGGAUUGUCUGUGACGGGGACGUCGACCCCGAGUGGAUCGAGUCGCUGAAUUCUGUGCUAGACGACAACCACCUCCUGACGCUGCCCAACGGCGAGCGCAUCAACUUUGGACCAAACGUCAACUUUAUAUUUGAAACGCACGACCUACGCUUCGCGUCCCCGGCUACCAUCUCCCGCAUGGGCAUGAUCUUCCUCUCCGACGAGGACAUGGACAUGAAGCGGUUGGUGAGCAAGUGGCUCAAGACCCAACCUGACAGCGCCAACUUGUCGAAAUGGAUCGACGAGUUGUUUGUGUUGGCGUUGGACGAAGUGGCCAGGUUUGACAAGACCGUCGCGACCACCACCGUCGGCACCAUCAUGAACGGGUUGUCUCACGUCACAGGCUCCGCCACCAGGUCGGAAUUCGUCGUCGCGCUCAUUCGAGGUCUCGGGGCCAACUUGUCGAUGGCCCAUCGAGUGGCGUUUGCAAAGUCAGUGUUUCUCUUCGCCAACGAGCGGCCACCAGACAUCAGCGCGCCACUCGACUGUUUCUGCUCUGGGUCGACUUUUUCCGCCUACGAGACCAAGCGCGCGACGUACGACGACAGCAGCGCCGUCAUCUCAUCCACGUCGGUGAUUCAAACCGUGAGUAUGCAGCGAGGGCUGCACACGGUGGCGCCGUGGGUGGACAAGAUGACGCCGUUCAUCCUCGUGGGACCCCAAGGCGCAGGCAAGAACAUGCUGAUCCGCCAGGCGUUCCUGGCCACCAAGGGCACCAGCUUCUGUGUGCUGCAUUGCAACGCCCAGACCACGGCGGACCACGUGAUCGCUAAGAUCGCGCAGAGUUGCUCGUUGUUUUCGACCAACAAGGGACGCGUGUACCGGCCCCGCGAAGGCGACCGGCUGGUGCUGUACCUGAAAGACAUCAAUUUGCCCAAGCCAGAUCAGUACGACACGUGCAUGCUGAUUGCGUUUCUGCAGCAAUUGAUCACGUUCGAGGGGUUCUACGAUCCCAACUUGGAAUUUCUCGGCAUCGAGCGGAUUCAAAUCGUGGCGAGCAUGAACGCCGCCACCACCGUCGGCCGACACGUGCUGUCCACCCGCUUCACCGCCAUCGUCCGGGUCGCGUACAUGGACUACCCGACGGGGGACGAGCUCACGGCCGUCUACUCGACCUUCCUCGAGGCCGUGAGUGCGCUGCAAGACGCCACCAACCGCGAUAAACUGGCGCGGUCCAUGGUCGAACUGUACGAAAGCAUCCGAGCCAAGUUCAGCGUCGAUGACCACCGCCAUUACUUGUUUACACCGCGAGAUUUGACAAGGUGGACGUUUGGGCUGCUGCGGUACGACUUGGCGGGUGAAGAAGUGCUGGACGUGCUGGCGUACGAAGCCCGACGGUUGUUUCGGGAUCGGCUGGUGGACGCCGACUCUAAGUCCAAGUUCGACGCCGCGCUCAACACGAUUCUUAAAACCCACUGGCGGCACCACGCCAAGCUUCAAGACGCGUACUUUACCUCCCUUGGGCAAAAGCGACCGGACGACGAGUUGGCCCUCGUGCCGCUGCGGCGCAUGGCGACUGAGGACUUUUCUCAAGUGAUGGCGCAAGGCAUCGUCUUGUACGAGCGCGAAGAAAAGGAGCUCCAUAUGCUGCUGUUUGACGAAAUUCUGGACCACGUGGCGAUGGUAGACCGCAUUCUAUCGGAAGCCGGCGGGUCCAUGCUCCUGAUCGGUCAGUCCGGAGUCGGCCGCCGCACCGCCACAACGCUGAUCGCCCACAUGUUGGGAUACAAGCUGUUCACGCCCAACUUGACGCGCAAUUACACCGCCUCCGGGUUCAAAGCCGACCUCAAAACGGUGCUCGUGAGCGCGGGCGUCGAAGGCCAACACACUGUGCUGUACUUGGAGGACCACCACUUUGUCGAGGACGCGAUUCUCGAACUGACCAACUCGUUGCUCAGCGCGGGGGAAGUGCCCGGCUUGUACACCCACGAAGAGCUCGAGCCCCUCUUGGGCCCCCUCAAGGAGAAAAUGAUGGAGUCAACGAUUGCGUACCGCACCGUGUACGAGUUCUUUGUCGCAAGGGUGCAGACGUUUCUGCAUAUUGUAUUGGGGAUGGACUCUCGCCAUGGGCAGUUUGUGAGACGGUGCGAAAGCAACCCGGCGCUGUACACGCGGUGCACGAUCGUGUGGAUGGGCGAGUGGAGUGCGUCGAGUCUCAAGAAGAUUCCGGAGAUGCUCCUCACAUCGUCUGAGCUCCUGCAAGACGAAGUGCAAAAAGUGUUCCUGCUCAACAUGGUGCAUUUGAUCUACGAAUCGGUCCAAAGCGAUGGCGCCACCCCGCGCGAAUACAUUAGCUUCCUCCAAACGUGGCAAGACUUGUACACGGAGAAGUCCAAGCAGCUCGUGACCGAAGUCAAGCACUUGAAGAGCGGGCUCUCCAAGCUCGUGGAAGCCAGCACCACCGUGGACGAACUCAGCCGGUCCGCGGGUAUCAAGAAGAAGGAGCUGAGUGCCGCGCAAGUGAGCGCCGACGAAGCGAUGGACGAGAUCAAACAUGCGUUGGAUCGCGCGUCGGGCAACCGUCGCGAAGUGGAAGAUUUGAAGAAGCAACUGGCCAAGGCGGAGGAGGCGACGAACGGCCGUAAGCGCGAGAUCGAAGACGAGCUGAGCGAGAUCACGCCGGUGCUCGAGUCGGCCAAGCAGGCUGUGGGCAACAUCAAGAGCGACAACAUCAACGAAAUCCGGUCCCUGAAAAUGCCCCCCGAGCCCAUCCACGACGUGCUCUCGGCGGUGCUCAUGCUGCUGGGGAUCCAAGAUACGUCGUGGAACUCGAUGAAGAAGUUCCUCGGCAACCGCGGCGUCAAGGAAGACAUCCAAAACUAUGACACCCGACGCAUCACGCCCGACAUCUCCAAGGCUGUGACCAAGCUGCUCAAGGCCAAAUCAUCUUCCUUCGAGCACGAAAACAUCUACCGCGUCAGUGUGGCCGCGGCCCCGCUGGCCACGUGGGUCAAGGCCAACAUGAAGUACAGCGUCGUGAUCGCCAAGAUCGAGCCCCUUGAAGCGGACCUGGCAGAGGCCAAGCGGUCGUUGGAAGCAUCACAGGCGCGGCUGCUGUCGUGUGAAGGCGAACUCAAAGCCAUCGACGUCAAAGUGGACGAGAUGAAGCACCUGUUUGGGGAAAAGACGAAAGAAGCGGAAAUUUUGCGCGUGGGUCUGGAACGAGCAGAGUCGACGCUGCAAAAGGCGCAGGGGCUGCUGGGCAAGUUGGGGGGAGAGCAAACGCGAUGGUCGGCGCAAGUCAAAGAGCUCGAGAAUCGCGUCGUCGAACUUCCCAUGAAGCUGCUCAUGGCGUCCGGCUUCACUAUCUUCUUGGGCCAGUGCUCGGAAACGAAACGGCUGGCGGUGUCCAAGAGUUGGGAUGCGGCCAUGGAGUCGUCCACGUCGUUUGAGUACCGCAAACUCAUGAGCUCCGAGUCUGAAUUGCUCACGUGGAAAAGCAUGGGGCUUCCUGCGGACAACUUGAGCAUGGAAAAUGGACUCGUGGUGCAUUACACCAAGGAGCGGACGCCGUUCAUCAUCGAUCCUGCCAACGCCGCCACGGGGUGGCUGCAAGCCCACUUAGCCAAAGACACGACGCGGCCGCUGUCCGUCGUGCAGUCGCAAGAGCCGCGCUUCGUAUCGCUUGUCGAGCAAGCGGUGCGCUUUGGCAAGACGCUGGUGGUGCUGGAGGUGGAUUAUGUCGAGCCGUACUUGUACCCGCUGAUCCGUCGGGACUUGACCCAUCAAGGCCCCCGGUUUGUCGUGCAUUUGGGGGACAAGGACAUUGACUACAACGACAACUUCCGCAUGGUGCUGGUGACGCGCAACCCGGACCCGGAGCUCCCCCCCGACGCCCAAGCGAUUGUGAACGUGGUCAACUUCACUGUUACUAAGUCAGGCUUGGAAGGGCAGCUGCUCGGUGUGACGAUUCAAAACGAACAGCCGGAGCUCGAAGCCCAGAAAAGCGAGCUCCUUCGAAGCGAAGAAGAGUUCAAAGUGCAGUUGGCGGCUCUCGAGAAACAGCUGCUCGAGGCGCUGGCCACGUCCGAAGGGGACAUUCUCGACAACACGACGCUGAUCGAGAGCUUGACGCGCACGAAGUCGACAAGCGCCGACAUUGAAAGCGCGUUGAAAAAGUCCGCCGUCAAAAGCGAAGAGCUGGACGAACAACGGGCGAUCUACGCGCCGUUUGCUAGGGACGGUGCGCGACUGUUCUUCCUCGUCAAGGCGCUGCAUAGUGUGAACCACAUGUAUCGGUUCUCCCUGGCUAGCUUCAUCGGGUUGUUUCGGUCGACGCUAACCACGAAAAUGGACGUGGGCAACGUCAAGGAGCGCAUCACGCGGCUGUCACCAAUGCUUGAGACCAAAGUACUCAUGUUUGUGGGUCGGUCGCUGUUCAAAGAACACCGACCGAUGUUUGGGCUCCAUUUGAUCCAUGGCAUGCACCCCGAAGCGUUUGAAGACAACGAAUGGGAGUACUUUGUCGGGGACUUGCUGUCAGAUAUCAAGAAGGAGACGGCUCUACCCGACUGGGUGCCCCCCGAUCGCCGCGACAGCUACAACCUGUUUGUCGACACGUUUCCUAAACUGGCAGCGCAGGUCAAGUUUGACUCGUCCGACGUGUGGCUCCGAUGGUCCAAAGCCAUCGACUGCGAAGUGGCAUUCCACCCCAAGGUGGACAAGGCUCUCAGUGCGUUCCAGCGGGUCGUGCUCGUACAGGCGCUGCGUCCCGACCGCCUGCAAACCGCCAUCCACAACUUCAUCUGCACACUGCUCAAAGUCAAGACCCUCACGCCGCCGUCGCUCGACCUCAAGGACUUGUGCAUGACGGAAGCAUCCAGCGUCACGCCGGUCCUGCUCAUCACGACCGCAGGUGCAGACCCAUCCAAGGAACUCGAGGAAGUCGCGACGGAGAUCGUCGGCCGCGACCACUACUUUGGAGUGGCCAUGGGCGGGGGGCAGCAAGAGAAAGCUCUCGCGCUACUCCGGUCCACGGCGGACAAUGGCGAGUGGCUGUGUCUGCAGAACUUGCACUUGGUCGUGGCGUGGCUGGUGGUGCUCGAGAAGGAGCUGAACGGACUCACCCCCCACCGCAAGUUCCGGCUGUGGUGCACCACAGAGAGCCACGAUGCGUUUCCUCUUAUUCUGCUCGAACAGAGCCUCAAGGUCACGUUCGAGUCGCCGCCUGGCCUCAAGAAGAACCUCCAGCGAACGUACGCGACGUUUCAAAUCGAUGGCCCGGCGUCCCCCCAGCGCAUGCAGUUGCUGUUUCUGCUCGCGUUCUUCCACUCGUUGCUCCAAGAACGCCGGACUUACAUGCCGCAGGGGUGGACCAAGUUUUACGAGUUUAGCUUUGGCGAUUUACGGGCGGGGUUGAAUGUCAUGGAGAGCCUGAGUCAGGCCAAGGACAUGGACUGGGACACCAUCCACGGGCUCAUGGAGAACGCCAUCUACGGCGGCCGCAUCGACAACCCAUACGACCUGCGCGUCCUCCGGUGCUACCUUCAAAUGUACUUUGGAAACGACGUCCUCAGUGGCAAAACGUCGCUGUGCAAGGGUGUGAAGAUGCCAGCGUCCGACCAGCGAGCCGACUUUGCCGCGCUCAUUGACCACCUCCCGGACCACGAUCCCCCGCGCAUGUUUGGACUCCCCGACAACAUCGAGCGGUCCGUCCAGCGCACUGCGUCGUCGGCGGUGAUCGCCCAGCUGCGCACGCUCACGAGCAGCGAACAAGCGAGCAGCAAGUUUGAUCGCGAAAAGUGGCGGGGGCUGCUUGGGCCGCUGAUUGAAAACUGGGGCAAACUCACGUCAAGCUUCAACUUGGACCACAACACAACGGCUAGUGGCAUCCCCAAAGACAAGGUGGUGACCCCCGUGGAAGCGUUUGUCGCGAUGGAGAAUGCCGCGGCGACGGACUUGGCAUCGUCUGUGAACCAAAGUCUGCAAAGUUUGAAAAAAGUUAUCUAUGGCACGGGCCUGCUUACCCCCGCGAUCCAGACAAUUGCGGCGGCGCUGCUCGUGGGCCAAGUGCCGUCAGAUUGGAGCAAUCGAUGGGAGGCCAGCGAAGUGGUGCAAGUGUGGUUGCGGUCGCUCGCGCUGCGAAAGCGAGCAUUGAAUGAGUGGAAGGAGGACUGUGCCAAGGGCACGCUACUCAGUCGACCUCUCGACCUCUCGGACGUGCUGCAGCCAGGAACGUUCCUCAACGCACUGCGCCAGCAAGCCGCUCGAGCACUCAAGUGUUCGAUGGAUGGGAUGAAGCUCAUGUCAUGCUGGGAGAAGGACAAGACGACGUCAGGGUCCAUCGAGUGGUUCGCUAUUGGAGGCAUGUUGCUGCAAGGCGCGUCCUUCGAAGGUGGUACAUUGCAAGAACCAACGUCCGACGGACAAGAACUCAUCUCUGUGCCGACGUGCUACGUUGCGUAUACACGAGACGAAGAGCGAGAGCCGUACGCGAAAGACACGUACAUUAAGGUCCCGUUGUACUACUCGACGUCGCGAGAGCGCAUGUUGGUGGAGAUCUCGUUGCCUGUGGCCGGCGACCCGUCAAGAUGGAUUAUCGGUGGUGUAGCGCUGUUCCUUGGAGAGUAGCGAGGGCUGCCAUGAUGUUGUUAGCUUUGGCUUUAGAUGUGGACUAGUACAGUACAUACAUGGUAACACAUAAAUGACAUGUUGGAAGUUGAGAGGGGGAGAAAAUGGACUUCGAC